AUGGGCAAAGAGGCUGGGCCCAAUGGGCUUAUAGUAAAGCAGAGAAGUGGACUUGCCUGCGGAAACUCUUCAUUUCAUCUCAGCGACAGAGAUAGAAAAGCAUUAACAAUGAGAUUUCAUGGGACCUUUAUUUUUUGUCGUUGUCUUUCUCGUUUGCCAAAGCGAUUCGAUUCACAGUCCGAAUUCCCACACCCGGAUUUCCGGCGUCAAGCUCCAUUUUUCCUUCGUUCGUAUUCUUCCGGUAUUCCUUUGUUCAAUCUAUUUAUGUAUUCAGAAGCGCAAGCUCAACUGUCACCGGAGCUCUUGAACAUAAUGGAAAAAAGACUCUCCGCUAUUGAGUACAGGACUGCAUGUCUCAACAAAUUUCUAAAUCAGCCAGAAGCAUCGCCAUCAGAAUAUGCAAAAGCUAACAAGGAGCUUCGGAAGCUAAGUGGUUCUGUGGACCUUAUUAAUGAAUUGAGGACCAAACAGAAGGAAAUUGAUGGCUUGAAAUCACUAAUGGCAGAAUCUUCUGAGGAUAAGGACAUGCUUAAUAUGGCUAUAGAGGAAAUGGGUCAGGCCAUAGAAGAAGAAAGAAGACUGCAAAAUUUGCUGCUGAAGUCAUUACUUCCUAAGGAUGAUGCUGACGAAAGGGAUUGCAUUUUGGAGGUGCGAGCAGGCACUGGUGGGGAGGAGGCUUCCCUGUUUGCGAUGGAUAUCUUUAGAAUGUAUGAGAAGUAUGCUCUCAAGAAAGGCUGGAAGUUUGAAGUAGUAGAUAUAGCUCAAUCUGAUCUUAAAGGGUACAAGGAGGCUAGUUCAGCAAUUGCAGGAGUUGGUGUUUUUGGGAAACUAAAAUUUGAGAGUGGAAUUCAUAGAGUCCAGAGAGUUCCUGUGACAGAAAAGUUGGGACGUGUUCAUACCAGUGCUGUUUCUGUUGCAAUUCUUCCUCAGGCUGAUGCGGUGGAUGUUCAAUUGAAGAAUGAAGACGUAAGAAUCGAUACUUAUAGAUCUGGUGGUUCAGGUGGUCAGCAUGCAAAUACAACCAACAGUGCUGUUAGAGUAACCCACAUUCCAACAGGGAUUAUGAUUGCUAUACAAGAUGAGCGUUCUCAACAUAUGAACAAGGCCAAAGCUCUCAAGGUACUGUGUGCAAAACUAUAUGAAAUGGAAAGGCUAAGACUUCAUAGAAGUCGAUCAAAGCUUCGAUCGGAGCAGAUUGGUAGUGGGGAUAGAUCUGAACGCAUCAGAACAUACAAUUUUCCUCAGGGCAGAGUAACUGAUCAUAGAGUUGGUAUCACUUAUCACUCAGUAGAUGAUGUGAUGCAAGGUGAAAAUCUUGAUGUCUUCAUUGAUGCCCUUCUAUUGCAAGAAGAAAUGGAUGCAAUUGCAACUUUUAGUUCGUCUCAGUAA